CGUUUGACGCCAGUGACAUCAUUGUUAUUUUGUCUCGUUUCGGCAGUGCAUGUUUUUCGUACGACCGUUACACACGGCUAUCGCCCAUCGUAUUUAUAAUAAUUUUCGAUUACAUUCAUAAGCCAUUUUCAACGAUCCUUUUCGUCCGAUAUAACCAAUAGUGUUAUAUACACACUUCGCACGGCGACCACCAUAGUUUCGGUCGAGUUAUUAAAAAAAUGCCUUCCGAUAACAAGAGUAACAGCAAGCCUACGGCUGCAGACAGUAAGAGUGGUAGUAAACCGACGACUCCGGAAAAUAAGAGUACUACUAAAAUGCCGACCGUGGACAAUAAAAGUAGUAGUAAGCCGACGACUCCGGUUAAUAAGACUAAUAGUAAGACGACGGCUGUAAACAACAACACACGUGACGCUACGUACAAUGAAGAGGAGGGUAGCGUACGGAUGUUCCUGCGCGGACGUCCCAUCAACCUGUAUGCGCCGACUGCCGAGAUCGCGUCCUACGACAUCACCAAAGUGGCCACCGCUCCUUCGUCCAAGUUGAAACUCGAUUGGGUUUAUGGGUACAGAGGGAAAGACUGCCGUUCCAACUUAUACCUGUUACCCACCGGCGAAAUGGUAUACUUCGUGGCCUCUGUGGCCGUGCUGUACAACGUCGAAGAACAAAGCCAAAGACACUAUUUGGGACACACAGACGACAUCAAAUGUUUGGCCAUUCACCCCAACAAGCUUUUGGUGGCUACUGGCCAGACCGCCGGACACGACGGACGUGAGGGAAAACCUCACAUCCGAGUGUGGAAUUCGGUCAGCUUGGCAACGGUGGUCGUGCUGGGAUUGGGCGAGUUCGAACGGUCCAUCAGCUGUCUGUCGUUUUCCAAAGCGGACGGCGGCAGCCUCUUGUGCGCCAUCGACGAGGGAAACGAUCACAACAUAUCCGUGUGGGACUGGCAGAAGAACGAAAAGGGUCACAAGAUCACGGAGACCAAGGCGUCUAUGGACACCGUGGUGGCUGCGGAAUUCCACCCACUGGAGCGAAACCAGAUCGUCACCUGUGGAAAGGGCCACAUCAGUUUCUGGACACUGGACGCCGGAGGUACCCUGUACAAGCGCAACGGAAUAUUCGAGACCACCCGCGACCGUCCCAAGUACGUGACGUGCUUGGCUUUCACUCAGAACGGAGACAUCUUGUCCGGAGACUCGAAUGGAUCCGUAGUCAUAUGGGGACGCGGCACAAAUAAUAUCAUUAAAGUCGCCCGAAACGUGCACGAAGGAUCAGUGUUUUCCAUCUGUGUGUUGAAAGAGGGCAGCAUUAUAACUGGAGGUGGGAAAGACGGUAAACUGAUCCAGUUUGACUCUUCGAUGCAUCCUACUGGAUAUGAAGCACAAGUUGCUGAACACUUGGGUGGUAUUCGUACAGUAUCUGAAGGUCGUGGAUCUCAAUUGCUAGUUGGAUCUACCCGCAACUGCAUUUUGAUUGGUUCUUUGUCAAUGGGCUUCAGCCCUGCUGUCCUGGGCCACACCGAUGAACUCUGGGCGUUAUGUCCUCAUCCCACAUUAGCUCAAUUUCUCACAGCCGGAUUCGAUCGCAUUGUCCAGCUUUGGGAUUCGUUAUCUCGCUCUGUCGUAUGGAGUAAAGACAUUGCAGAACAAGCACAGUCGGCUGCAUUCUCUAGCGAUGGUCGAAUAAUCAUUGUUGGUUGUGUAUCUGGAAAAUGGAUUGUCAUGAAUUCAGAAACACGAGAAAUUUAUUCGACUCACGUUGACGGAAACGAACCAAUACAGGUUGCAAAAUUCUCGCCAGACGGCCAACUACUUGCUCUUGGUUCCAGGGACAAUUAUAUCUACAUAUAUCAGGUCACAGAUGGUGCCAGACAUUACACUCGUUUAGGACGUUGCACUUGUUGGGAAGAUAAACGUCGCAGAAGAUGUAGUACCGGCGCUAUUGUUGACAAGAUGUUGGGCCAUUCAAGCUUUAUCACUCAUUUGGAUUGGUCAAAGGAUAACGAGCACCUGCGCAGUAACUCUGGAGACUACGAGUUGUUAUAUUGGAAAGUGAAAGUUUGUCGUCAAGUCACUCACAGUACUCAACUUAGGGACACUGCAUGGGCAUCCAACUCUUGCGUCUUGACAUUCUCCUCCAUUGGAAUAUGGCCUGAAGGUGCUGAUGGCACUGAUGUUAACGCAUGCGAACGAUCAAACGGAUCCAAGUUGAUGGCUACAGGAGAUGACUUUGGUAAAGUGAAACUGUAUUCAUACCCGGUCAAACAACCUAAGUCGCUAUGCCACGUGUAUGGAGGCCACAGCAGUCAUGUGACAAAUGUGACUUUCUUGCACGACGACUCCAGACUGAUAUCGAUUGGUGGCAAAGACACCAGCGUCCUACAAUGGGAAAUCAUAUAAAAGAGCAUGAAUUGAAUCUUAUUAUUAUUAUUAUCAUUAUUAUUAUUAUUACAAUUAUUAUCGUUCAAAUGAUUCUUCACUAUUAUGAGAAAAAAUUUAAUUAUUGAAUCUAUUAUAAUUAUAUUUAUUAUUGUUUAGUACAUAUUUUUAAUAAUAUUCACUUUAGCACAAAUACAGUCUGUGUACAAUGUGUUUGUGUUAUUCAAAUGUUCUAUAUUAUUAUUCGUUAUUACACAUUCAAUGUUAUGUCGACAAUAUUAUUCAUAGAAUAAUACAUUAUUAUUAUUAUCAUCAUCACUCGUUUUUUUCGUCGAAUCGUAUUAAUUAUAACAAUAUUAUUAUUAUAUUGUACUUUUGUGUUUUUUUUUAAAUAAACAAACGUAAUAUGUGUCUAUAUAAUAGUUAAA